AGCAGCAACAGCAGUCAGAGCCCUUCUCUGGGCGGGUUUUGCUGCAGUACGCUGAUUGCCACUUUACAGCAUCCAGCAAGAACCCCAGCAGCAGGCACUUGGAGGAGACUCUGCGUGGGCACUUGUUUAAGGAGUACCUGACUUAACAAUUGGGUUAUUCUGUAACUGCGGGAGAAGUGCCUGUAUUCCCUUCACGCAAGCUCCCUACUGGCUUUCCGCAUUCAUAAUUUAACGGAGCCGUUUCUCCCUUCGUCUUUCUUUCUUUUUAUUUUUUCUUUUUUUUUUUUUUCUUUUUUUCCCCGAUCUUUUUUUUUCCCCGAUCCUUAUUCACACACACACCCCCCCUCCCCAAAUCUGUGCUGCAUCACUAGCUCUCAUUAUGCUGUGCUCAGUAGCCCAGUGUGUUCUCCGCCUCUGCUAGGCAGUGGCAGCAUGGAUGGUGCUCUUGUGACGACCUCUGCUGAUGCUAUCAGUCCACUGCGGAUAGGCAUGCUGAGUAAUCCUGCUGUAAAUGGGCGAGGACACGGACACACGAAAAAUUAACCACAGCUUUCUUCGAGACCACAACUAUGUGACUGAAGAUAUCACCUGCUGGCUGCAGAGUGGGUGGAUUCAGCUUCCUUCUGGAGCCUGAGCAAAUCACUUGAGGAAGAUCUUGCUUUCUGCUGUGUCCUAAAGACAACAUGGAAGGGGAGAGCAUCUAUGAGGUUGAUUCUGGAGAUGGACUCGGAGGGAAAGCUAUAAGGAAGCUUGUGCGCAAGGCGACUCUGGUGGCAUCUAGAAUCCUCAGAUUUCCUUGACUGAAUCCAUCUGGGUUUAGCCCUAAAUAUAGUAGACAAGCUGCACUGUUUGCACUGAUAAAUUAUAUCUUCCAAAUGAUAGACCAAGCUGAUAUUAUUUCUACAGUUGAGUUCAACCACACUGGAGAACUGCUGGCUACUGGUGACAAGGGGGGUCGGGUUGUUAUAUUCCAAAGGGAACCUGAGAGUAAAAAUGAGCCUUACAAUCAGGGGGAGUACAAUGUUUACAGCACUUUCCAGAGCCAUGAACCUGAAUUUGAUUAUUUGAAGAGCUUGGAGAUAGAAGAAAAAAUAAACAAGAUCAAGUGGUUACCACAGCAAAAUGCAGCUCACUCGCUUUUAUCAACAAAUGAUAAAACAAUCAAGUUAUGGAAAAUUACUGAAAGAGAUAAGAGACCAGAGGGGUACAACUUAAAAGAUGAAGAAGGAAAACUUAAAGAUCUUUCUACAGUAACAUCACUGCAGGUGCCUGUAUUGAAACCUAUGGAUUUGAUGGUAGAAGUCACUCCCCGGAGAAUCUUUGCUAAUGGUCACACCUAUCAUGUCAACUCAAUAUCCGUCAACAGUGACUGCGAGACAUACAUGUCAGCGGAUGAUCUCAGGAUUAACCUCUGGCAUUUAGCAAUCACAGAUAGGAGCUUCAACAUUGUAGAUAUAAAGCCAGCCAAUAUGGAGGACCUGACGGAAGUGAUAACAGCCUCUGAGUUUCAUCCCCAUCACUGCAAUCUCUUUGUCUACAGCAGCAGCAAAGGAUCCCUGAGACUCUGCGACAUGAGGGCAUCGGCUCUCUGUGACAAACAUUCCAAGCUUUAUGAAGAACCAGAAGACCCCAGUAACAGAUCAUUUUUUUCAGAAAUUAUCUCUUCAGUGUCAGAUGUCAAAUUCAGUCACAGUGGUAGAUACAUGCUAACAAGAGAUUACCUCACUGUCAAAGUUUGGGAUCUGAACAUGGAAACAAAGCCGGUAGAAACGUACCAGGUCCAUGAUUACCUUAGGAGCAAGUUGUGUUCCCUCUAUGAAAAUGACUGCAUCUUUGACAAGUUUGAAUGUGCAUGGAAUGGAUCAGACAGUGUGAUAAUGACAGGUGCAUAUAACAACUUUUUUCGAAUGUUUGACCGAAAUACCAAACGGGAUGUUACCUUGGAGGCAUCCCGGGAGAGCAGUAAACCACGAGCUAUUCUUAAGCCCCGGAGAGUCUGUGUUGGAGGCAAACGGAGGAAAGAUGACAUCAGCGUCGACAGUUUGGACUUUACUAAGAAGAUCUUGCACACAGCGUGGCACCCAACUGAGAACAUCAUUGCUAUAGCAGCGACAAACAAUCUGUACAUAUUUCAGGAUAAAGUGAACUCAGAAAUGCACUAGAUUUAUCAAUAUCCCUCUAUAUUUACAAACCAGCCUCUGGAGAGUUGUAGAAGGAUGUGAUCUUCACAAAAAUUGUGGCUUCUGUGGUGGGAUUUGUAGGUUGCAUCCUUUCAUCCCUCAGCCUGUAUCAUUAUUGGUGGCAAGCCAACUAUUUUCCAUCACUGCAACUGUAUGAGUAAAAGGCACGACUGCAAAUCCAGUACUGUGGUCUGUAUUGGUUCCUUUAAACAAACAGGGGUAUUUAUUCACUUUGGGAGUGUCCCUGAGGAGGGCUGAGACUCCUCAGCUCCUGUCAGUCCUUUCAAGUGUCUCAGUGGUUCACAGGACCAGGCUGUUCUGGUGCCCUGCCUGCUUUUGCAGUCCACAGCAUUUACCACAUUGUUAGAGAUUUUUGUCUCAAUCUCUUGAUUUUUUAGAUUUUUUUUUUUUUUUUCAGUAACAUUUUCCUCUCUUUCAACUAAGCCAGGCCUCUUCGAGUGAAUGAAUAGCCACAUCCCUUUAGAGCACGUGGCGUGUUGGAGGGGCCUCAUGACAAUUGUAAGUGGAAGCAGAAUCCCUGCUGGUGAAAAGCUGCCCUGUCUCACCUAUCCCGUUCCCCUCUUUACAACACCCUCUUAUUUAUUUAUUUAUUCACAUUACUUUGUGCUUCAGCUUCCCAAGUGAAUAAGUGACAGACUGGUAUAGUUAAUCAGCCAGCUUAUUUUAAGAAGUUUAUUCUCUAUAGAUCUCUUUGCUCUGUUUAAAACAGUAACUAGUAUCUUCAUCACAUGGAGGACUAUUAAAAAAACUUGGUAUUGCCACUCCAGAGGGACUGGCUGGUCAAACACAGCCUGGCAGUUUACACACAAACCCAUCCCACUGUUUGGGGGUUGGUGUUCUGGAAACCUUGCCUAGAAGUGCUGUCCUUGAAAGCUACCAUCGACUUCAGUGGGAACAAAGUUACAUCACUGCUAGACACUACAGAAAGUCGUUUGUUUAUUGCAACAUGGUUAUUUUAAUCCUGGCCUUUGGGGAAUACAGGCAAUGCCAUGGUAUCUGUAACUGUAAAAGGAAUGGUACUGCGAGAUGCAGCACUGCUCAGUGAAGUUUAAUGCUUUUAAAUGAGUCCACUGCUGGGAGGCAAAAUUAAUUCCUGGAGAAAUAUAAAAAAUCAAAAACUCCAAACCAAAUAAAAAUUUCUUCCAUAAAUACCGUUAGAUCUAUCUCUGUUUUAAAAUGAAUAGUGAUGUAAAAGUAUCCGCAAUUGUUACAGCGCAUGCAGGAAUUAUAUGGGAAUGGUGCAGUGGGCAGAGUCCGCUUAAUCCAGGAGAAGAAAGUUCUGCUGCAUCCCUAAUAGCUCUGACAGAAAAAGUAUCCCAAAGGAUUCCUCCUCAAACCAUGAAUAAAAGAGCACAACUCAGAUGACCUGUUAAUCUGCUCAUAUUAAAACUCCUCA